AAUUAUGUUGCUAAUUUUGCAGAUCCGGUGCGUGGGCCACAAAAACUGGAGGUUGUGGAGAUCAAAUCUAGACAAAUCACUAUUUGCUGGGAACCAUUUGGAUAUAAUGUCACACGUUGCCAUCGGUACAACCUCACCGUCCAUUACCGUUACCAGGCUGGAGGACAAGAGCAAGUGAGAGAAGAAGUAAGCUGGGAUACAGAGAGUUCACAUCCCCAGCACACAAUUACUAAUCUAUCACCGUACACAAAUGUCAGCAUCAAAUUAGUUCUAAUGAAUCCCGAAGGACGAAAAGAAAGCCAAGAACUUGUAGUACAAACUGAUGAGGAUGUCCCUAGUGCUGUUCCACUUGAAUCCAUUCAAGGGAGCACAUUUGAAGAGAAGAUUUUUCUUCAGUGGAGAGAGCCAGCGCAAACAUAUGGUGUGAUUACUUUGUAUGAGAUCACCUACAAAGCAGUCAGUUCCUUUGACCCAGAAAUAGAUUUAUCCAAUCAAAGUGGACGAGUCUCAAAGCUAGGAAAUGAAACGCACUAUCUCUUUUUUGGACUGUAUCCUGGCACUACCUACUCUUUUACCAUCAGAGCCAGCACGGCUAAAGGCUUUGGACCUCCAAUCACAAACCAGUUCACCACUAAAAUAUCAGCACCCUCUAUGCCACCAUAUGAACUUGAAACACCUUUGAAUCAAACUGACAGCACUGUGACAGUCUUGCUGAAACCUGCACAGAGCAGAGGCGCUCCUGUCAGGUACUGGGAGAAAAAUCUUUAUAAAAUUAAACUCAAAUUGAUUAAUUUCUUGAACAUGUUUUCUGGGGAUUUUCUACACAGAUUUGAUCCAGAUGCAAGUGGCUUGUUCUUUGAAGAUAAGGAACAAAGCCAUAGUUCUGUUGUGUGGGUGGCUUCUUUAAG